AUGUCUGCGUUGUCUCGCCCCUUGCUCUUGUGGUUGUACAACGUCUUGCAGCCCGAAUACUCAGAUGUACCCAGAACCUACCAGGACACUGCUGUCGUCCUUCAGGCCUUUCCCUCCUUGAGAGCCAGAACAAAGAUAUACACCUUUUCCAAUGGCACUGAUCGCUUGUUGUUGAACUUGCAUGGUACUGUGCCCUCCUUCUUCAAUGCUGUCUCCUACAAGAUUCCUGUCGAGAUCUGGUUGCCUACAGACUACCCACUCUCGCCUCCCACAGUCUACGUGGUUCCCUCCAGCGACAUGAUCAUCCAACCAAGCAACUACAUUGACAACAAUGGCAAGUUCUACAACCCCUACCUAUCCAACUGGUCUUCAAACAGCCAGACUCACACCCAAAACUCGUCUUUAUUGCAGCUAUGCAACAUUCUAUCAACCUGUUUCAGCAAACAGCCCCCAUUAUACUCAAAGCCCAAGAGCUUGAACACUCCUAAUAACCACUACCAAAACCACACUUCUCCUCCAGCAACCCCAGUGAAACCUCCACGACCCACAAGCAUACCUUCAUUGACUUCCCUAGUGUCUUCUAAUUUAAACUCUCCUCCUCCUCCUUUACCUCGCAAACCGACCUCAAACCCUGCCUUGCCCCCAAAGCCAUCUUCAAUUCAUUUAAAUGCUCAAAAACAAAAAAUCUUAAAAAAUAUUCAAACCUCUCUAGUCAACUUGAUUAAAUCAGAUUUUGACCCCUUUGUUACCAUCGCAGACUCCCAAUUACUCAAACUCAAGAAUGCCAUAUCUCAACUAGAAAACUUGUAUAAAUACGAAAACGACUCUCUAGUCUACUACAAAGAAUCCAUAUCAACAAACGAAAAAAUCCUAAAUGAAAAAACCCUAGAAGCCCAAAAUGUCAUCAAUACCGCUGACACUUUACCUGAUCCAAACGUUGAAGAAAUCAUCUGCGCUGAAACUGUCCUCUUCAAUCAACUAUAUCACCUAGUAUCAGACGACACUGCAAUAUCUGACACUCUAUACGCUUUAAACAAAGCCUACGAUUCAGGCAAAAUCUCCUUCGAUUCCUUCUUAAAAUACUCAAGAAAUCUUUCAAGAGAUCAAUUUUUUAAAAGAGCUCUAAUAAAUAAAAUCGUCAAUCUAUCUGGUCUCGAUGAUUCAACAGACUACUAA